GGAACAACGGCAGCUCUUAGAGCUCUAUAUAAUCUUCCUCCCAGCCGCCCGUCUCCUCCUUUAGGCCAAAUUGCUCCCUCUCCUUCCCGUCUCACCUCCCAAUUUCUUCUUCGAGUCCUCGAAAACUGUUCCCCCUGCGUGCUGUUCGCCCGAGGACGGGCCAAUCCAGCGCUUGUCAGACCGGCUACAUCCUCCUGCACGAGGGAGGUAACCAAGCCGUUAGGACGGCGACAACAUGGACAAGGAUCUGCUUUCCGCGGCGAGCACCUGGGAUACGUCGUCCCAGGGACAGAGCCCUCGCAUCGAGUUACCAGGCUUUGAGGACGGCGACAACAUGAGUAAGGAUAUUCCUGCCGCGGCUACGUCGUCCCAGGGGCAGGACCUGCGCAUCCAGUUACCAGGCCUUGAGGACGGCAAGGGGCAGUACCCGCGCAUCGAGUUACCAGGCAAGGGCGGCCCAGGUAGUUCAGCGAUAGUGCAGAUGCGACCUGGCCUGACCAUGGACACCUUCCUGCCACCUGCAGACAAGAGCGGCCCCAGGAGCUCGCAGAUCGUGCAAAUGCCGCCAGGAGGGGACAACAGAUGGCUCUCAAAGCAGAGCGAUGCGAGCUCCCUCUGUUCGACGGGCCCCAGCCAGGCCUUCCACCAUGUCUCAGCCAAACGGCGCAAGAGAUCAGCAUCCAUUUCUCAGAAGCUGCCACUGGAUCUUGUUCGUGUGAUAUUGGAGCAUCUGGACCAGACGACCUACCGCAAAGCUAUUGACACAGCCUUUGUCUUUCUGAGAGCAUCAUUGUCGACAUGCUGCUGUGAAGAAAUAGGGCCAAGAAGAAUUGGAACAUUAGUCGCUACACUGAUAGAGUCAAAUAAAGGAGGCUAUCUUAGGGUAGCAGCGCCAGCCCAGGCGAGGUCUCCAUGGCUGGAAUCUGCUGCGCUGAUGCUGCAAAGAUAUCUGUGUUUAGCUUGCGAGUCUGGCUGGGUCAGAGCUGUAGCCUGUAGAGGCGGGGCAAUUGUGGUUAUUAGGGACCAUGGAGCAACAGAGGUGAAGAUAAUGAAGCCAUUUGACAGAAUAACCAUCAAGCAGUUAGUACCAGCAAGUCAAGCUGAAGCAGCUGAUUUGGUGAGUGUUGGAAUCGAGCCAGUUUCAGAUGACGAAUUCAGACUGGUGAUGCUUUUCAGAGGGAUGAACAAGCGCAUGGUCAUCAAAAUAUUCGACUCCACCACUAAAAGUUGGGAGCUAAAAGAGCUUAUCUGCCCCUUCUCAUUAUCCCCAAGUCAAAAAAUAAGCGCAGUUGCUGUGUAUUCAGGAGGCAGUUUCCAUGUGCUUGAUCACUCAAGCAACAAAAUACUGAUUUUCAACAGUGAUCUCCUUGAUAAAAUUUCUCUGCCUGUGGAUGAGAUUAAUAGCCCGAUCAGUCUCAAGAACAACACCCUGGCUUGCACGACGUGGUGAGUUAACCUGGGUUUUCUUGGAUGGUAGCUCUGCUAUCUUUUUUGUCCACACUGGUUCAGAUUGGGUUCCAAGAUGGAGGCGGCGGAUUCCUGACAAUAUCCCCCAACACCUGAAUACAUGUGAGAUCAUUGGGCAUUCGGAGAGUGGGCUAGUAAUUUUCAGGUGCGGAGUGCAGGUGUUCUCCAUGGACGUCGAGGACGGCCAUGUGUCAGCCAUGAAGGAAUGCCGCACUGGCAUCAACAGGUGCUUAUCCUUUGAGAUAUGGCACUCUCUAGCGGAUCAUCGGGUUUAGGAUUCUUGGAUAUUCCCUGACGCUUGUCCUUCGCUGUGGUACUUGCUUUUAUCAUCUUGUGGUACUCGUACUUAGCUGAUAUGUUGGUGCUGGAGCUUCCUGUAAAACGAUUAUGAUGCCAAUAUGUGCAAAAACAAACAUGUUCUGACAGAUUUAAUAUGUAUCAUUGUGAUGCUAGGUAGUAUCUGAACUGCAACACAAAGGUACCAAUUCUGUAUACUCAAAAUUUUCAGGACUGUUUCCUU